ACGUCGAAAGGGAAUAGCGGAGCCGAAUGUCUGCAUGUUUGUGUGCGCGUGGAAUGUCUCGGAGCUCGUAGUUGCGAGGACGAGCGCAAAGGGCUGUCGAAUAUUGAAGUUGGUUCGUGAAUAUCGUCGUCGUUGUUGUUGUUUGCAAUCAAGUGCUGCGUCUGAGGGCUGUAUUGAGCCUGCUGAGACUGGGAGGGAUUGCUUCGAAGUUUAUUGAAGAAAAAGCAGGAAGAGAGAGAGAGAGAGAUUAGAGCGGCACUUCGUUGGAUCAUCUUGGUGUCGACGCGCAGCAGACGUAAUCUGAGCGGCUUCAAAGCUACCCUCUAGAAGUGCACACUCUGAGGUCAACCACUCUGUCACUGAUUGGCUGAUAACUUUCAAGAAACAAGAUUAAGCCUUCAAGGUAACGCGAAAGCCCACUUGGGAACAUCGGUACCACGCUUCUAUUUUCUGCGCGUCGACCUUUGGUGAAUCUUGCUGAGCUCUCACAAGUAUCCUAUAGGUAAGACGUUAUGCCUUCAAGGAAUUGCAUGGAGCUCACGUGAAAUUGUGGAAUUGGUCCCAGUCUCGAGAUACAGGGGCCCAACAAGUGAAUCGCUCAAGUUCCAAAUAGUAUCACCUGCAAGAAGAAAGUAAGUGAUCGCCCCUAUCCCUCCCAAGGUUUUUCUCAAGUCAACGGCAUGGCAGUGAUCCGUUAAUCUGGGUGUUUGCUGUGCAUCAACGUGGUUUCCUUCGACUUCCGGUGUGACGCAUCACCACCACCUCAGCUGACGAGUGUCUCCAGCCGGGACUGCGUCACCGGAACUUGCCCUAAUACGAUAACAUCAACCAGCAGAAGUCUAUUGCUCUUUGGGAUUGUUGGCAUAAUCUGUGGCGCUAAUGGAAGACGUACUCUGCUGGAAGGCGUGAUGACGUGAGGCUUUGAGGAGCCAGAGCCAUGGGGUCUUUCCAGAGGGCUUUCGUGGUUCUGUCAGCUGCAUGGUCAGCACUAUGGUGUGUGCCACAAGCAUCGGCCUUCGACUGGGGAAGCUGCAACCACACCUUAGGAAUGACCAGCGAAGACAUCAAGAAUGAAGACAUCACCGCAAGUUCGUCACACAACGUCAUUAGCGUCGGGCCUCAGUUCGCACGGUUACUUCGGGAGCUCAAUGGUGGUGCCUGGUGUCCGGGUCCACAGAUAUCUCCGGAGACGCAUGAGUACUUGGAGGUGAACCUGAGGACGGUACACGUAGUCAGCGCCGUCGCAACUCAGGGACGCUUCGGCAACGGUCAGGGAAGAGAGUACGCCGAAGAAUUCAUGGUGGAAUAUUGGAGGCCGGGGCUUCACAAGUGGGUGCGGUACAGAAACAGAACGAACCAUGAGAUAUUCGAAGGCAACACCAACACGUACACUGAAGUCCGACGAACGCUGGACCCACCUGUAAUCGCCUCCAAGAUCCGCGUGGUACCCUACAGCAGCAUCUUACGAACUGUCUGCAUGAGGAUAGAACUGUACGGAUGCAAAUGGACGCAAGGCAUCCUGUCGUACUCAAUACCACAAGGCGAAAGGCGUGGGAGCGACAUCGACCUUUCGGAUGCUACGUAUGACGGCGUAAAAGACGACAGUUACCUCCAAGGAGGACUAGGACAACUCACCGAUGGCGUCGCAGGACACGACAACUUCAAGCUGGAUAUCUCAGGAUAUGGAAAAGGCUACGAAUGGGUCGGCUGGCGAAACGACUCUCUUCAUGCACAGCCCUUCGAAAUGAUCUUCGAGUUCGACACCGUUCGCAAUUUCUCCGCUGCUUUUCUUCACUGCAACAACAUGCACACGCGGGACGUGCAGUUGUUCCGCUCAGCGCGCCUCUCCUUCAGCGUAGCUGGCAAGUACUAUUUGGGCGAGCCGCAGAACUUCAACCUUAUGCCCAACCUCUUCAACGAGAAAGCCAGAAACGUUACCAUUCGUCUUCAUCAUCACAUUGGCCGGUUCGUCAAAGUGCAGCUGGAAUUCGCUGCUAAGUGGCUUUUGCUGAGUGAAGUUUCCUUUGAAUCCACACCCGCUGUUGGUAAUUUCACGGAAGAAGAGCCACCAGUCGCCCCACCCAUAGUGAGCACCGCGAUGAGCGAGGACCCCAUGUCGAAGCAAUACGUCGGUCUAGUCAUUGGGGUCCUAGCCGCCGUGAUCUUACUUCUUAUCCUCAUCAUAUUUAUCAUCACCGCGCGAAAUAAGCGAAGGAAGCACUCCACCCCCCAUGCCAUUCUCAAGCCACUUGACAGUCGAGUCACCAUCAACAUGAAGGACCUGGCCUUGGCGUACUCACCCCAGUACGUCGCGCGUGAGGCAAAUGGCAACUUGUACGGCCAAGUCUCCUUGGAAGAGCCUGACCCUGACAAGCUUCUCUACCACGAACCGCAGGAUUUCAAGCCUAUUUAUCCUGGAACAUAUAGUAACGCGGAGUCAACAACGUCGCGGGAAUACGCUGUGCCAGACGUGACAAAGAGUCCCAUCCUGAGCUCGCACAAGUCUUCGCCGUUCAUGCAGCCCAAGGGGUCAUCGGUGCCCGCUUCGGAACAGUACUAUGCCGCGACGGACGUCGUGGCCACAGUGCCAAGCAUCCAGGGCGUGAGCGGCAAUACUGUGUAUGCCGUGCCCAGUAUCGAUCUUGCUGCUGGCGAAGAAGUCCGAGAAGUACCUCGGCAUAGGAUUCGCUUCAUUGAGAAACUCGGCGAAGGGCAAUUUGGCGAGGUGCACCUCUGCGAAGCCGAGGGAAUCCCCGAGCUGGUGGACGUACCAGUCAGCUUCGGCACCAAAACACUCGUGGCUGUGAAGACGCUAAGGAAGAACGCUACGGAACAGGCCAGAGCGGACUUCCUAAAGGAGGUCAAAAUACUGUCCAAGCUCCGGGAUCCCAACAUAGUGCACGUGCUGGGAGUCUGCACCCGAGACGAGCCGCUCACCAUGAUCGUGGAGUACAUGGAGAAUGGUGACCUGCAUCAGUUCCUUCAGCACCAUCUGCCAGACACGUUCGCACCACCCAUCGCCAACAACGUGCUUAGCUACGGCAGCCUGAUCUUCAUGGCCACACAGAUCGCGUCAGGCAUGAAGUACCUGGAGUCCCUCAACUUCGUGCAUCGCGACCUGUCGACGCGGAACUGCCUGGUCGGCAACGCGUACACUAUCAAGAUCGCAGACUUCGGCAUGAGCCGGCAACUGUACGCGGCCGACUACUACCGCAUUGAAGGUCGUGCCAUGCUGCCUAUCCGGUGGAUGGCUUGGGAAAGCGUCCUUCUGGGCAAAUUCACGACGAAGAGCGACGUCUGGGCAUUCGCUGUGACCCUGUGGGAAAUACUGACGUUUGCGCGACAGCAGCCAUACGCGUCCCUCACGGACGAAGAAGUCAUCGAGAACGUCGGUCACUUCUACCACGGCGAUGAACUGCAGACAUACUUGCCUCAGCCACCCAAUUGCCCCCGCGAGAUCUACGACCUAAUGCGAGAGUGCUGGCAGCGCAACGACACCGAGAGGCCGAACUUUAGGGAGAUCCAUUUGUUCCUCCAGAGGAAGAACCUGGGUUACUCUCCAGAGUCCUGAGCCGUGUAGCUCGGAUGGCGUAGAAGUGCGAAGAGAAGAUCGCGAAGAACCCCCGAAACCCUUAUAUCCUUGCUCCUGACUUCUAAAGGAGGUUUGGGGCUGGCUGCUACAUCUCCUUUCUCACCAAACCGCUGGCCCGUGUUUGCAUGAAAGUGGAUGUGAGUGAGCGACAUCACCGUGAACUUUAGUUAAUUUAUGAAACCUCGAAGCCUUCUUGACUUUGUCUCGUUUGACAAGAUUACUGUGGUACGAUAGAUCGCCUCCUCUAGAGCGCAUGACUCAUCACAUGAAAAAAAAAAAAAACAAUGUAAGCAGGUCAUAUUGUAUUGACCACUUCUGUGCUGAAACUAUUUUGUGGCAUUAUGUUCCUGGCGUGGUACCCUUGAAAUCACGACGAACAUUUCAUCAGCUAACGGCAGAUAUCCAUGCUGAACUGACAAAUGCCAGUGCUAGUUCGAAGAAAAUGUUCUUCGUCACAUGCAGUUCAUCUCUGAGGAAAUAGAUGCACAGACUUUUUGUUUGUUUUUUCUGUACAUAAAGAAACUUGAGACACUGAGCAAAGUGGUGCUGCAAAUUUAGUGAAAAAUGUGUUCCUGCAACAUGUGGUUGCAGAAGUGCUUAACUGUGCCAUUACUUCCUACGAGAAAUUUAUUAUAGCAGUGCACCACAUGGAAGUAUAUCGCACCCCCCCCCCUCCCCACAACCUUUGUAAAUACAAUAAGCCAAAGUAAAAUGCAAAUAUAUAAAAUGCAUGACCAUGUAUAAAUACACAUACAGUUCGUAGUAUUUCUGGUGGAUUUUUGGUGUACCUAGAUAUGCCUCAGACGUCUGUAUAGCUAUCAGUACAGAGGACACACAAAAACUCUGAGUUACAAUAUAUUUAAAUUGUCAUUCUUUCGUGACACUCGCCCACUGGUGUGUCUCCGCAUGUGUUCCGGCACCAGUGUAGCGAGUGCAAGACCGCGUGUGCAAAUUUGUUCCCUUUUCUACAGCGCUCGAACAACUUCCUCUUGGCGUCAUUCAUAUAAAAGACGUAUUUUUCAAGGAUCUACCGUCUCCCUUGUGCGAUGUGUGAUUUCGUUUCUGUGUGACAAGAGAAAAAAAAAAAAUAUGUGCUCAAGCUGACAAUAGCAGUGGCAGUUGAAAGGGUGGACAUCGUUGCAAUAUAACUGUCUUUGUAGUGUUCGACUCGCACAGUUCGGGAUCUUGUAAAGGCAACGUUUUUCAGUUCUUUCUUCUGGGGUCAGUCGUGGUAGAUGUCGUGAAGUAAAGAGGGUUUCCCUCUCUUAGCUACAAAAUUGUUAACCAUUACAUAAUCAACAUAACUUAAAAACUUGAAAUUUGUGAGGGGCACAUAAAAAUCAGGUCCUCAUGUGUAAAUACAUGUAAAAUACAUGGAACUUACUAGUUCCACAGAAAUUUGCACACAUUUGCUGUAACUUAAGCAUUCAGAGCUACAUUUGAGGACAAAAUCACAAGAGCAAUAGAUAACGGGCAUGCUCACGCAAUUACUCAGAAUGACUAGGAUAAAGCAGCAUCUCCUGGGCAGUUUCCCCCUUUCCACAGCAUGCCUUUUAGGCAUGAAACGUGUUUACGGCAAUAUACUCAGUAUAAAAUGCACAAACUUUGCAUAUAUGGUGCAAAUCAAAGCCUUUAAGUGGCGUUUUGCCUUGAGAAAGAAACGAUCCCCUGCGUACACCUAUCUUGUAUAUACCACAUGCUGGUCAAUGAAAAGUGUAGAUUCAGGGACCACGCUGACCAGUACAGAUACACAAGGUAUAUAAGGGGCCUUGUGUGAGAGCAAACCGAUGCAGCCGUGUGUACGGUGAAGAUAUGCAGAUGUGCGUAGUGUCUGAAUGUGGAACCUUCUGUGAUAAUGUGUUCUCCUAAAAUGUCUACGGCAUCUAUUCUCAGUCUGAAAAUCGCUUCUGUACAGUGUGGAGAAUGGUAAGUCAAGAGGAGAGACUAUAGGAAACAGUAGAUGCAAGUAGCAAGAGUGAAAGGGAGGGAGAUACGCAGAAUACCACAAGCUCUGGGAGGCACUCAAAUUAUGAAAUACUCAUCUAUCUGCUUUCCGUUUCAUGUGUUCUGCCGCACUAUGUGUGCGUCAUGUUUGAAGCGCAUGUCAUCUGGUGUGAGGUGCAAAAAAAGAAAGAGUACAAGAGUCUGUGUGAACAGACAUUAUAAUGAGCAGCAAAUUUAUGGCAUAAUCCUUCUGUUUCCUCUAAAACAAGUGAACAAUCCAUUGCUAAAUAAAGAACACACACCACAGUA